AAGGCUGGGGUCCCGGCGUUUGAAACAGAGGAUGUGGGGGUCUGCGGUGCCCCGGGCUCGGAUUGAAUACCUGGAUCCCCAAGGAGGUGCAAACUGUAGCCCAGGAUGCCUCUCAGACGCGGCUGUGGCCAGCUGCGGCCGAUCCCGGCUGAAGGGGAAGCCUCCGGGCCCCUAAACAGCGCCUCGAGGACCUUCCCCAACUUCCAAACCUAACUCAAACCCUUCGAGAAGCUCCAGGUCGACCGCACUUUCGCCCUCCAAGCUUCAUCUCCCCUGGCAGCGCGGAAGCCUGUAGGAUCUCGGCAGGACUGAGCUGGGCCAGUGGUCUCCAGAUUCCCAAUAGGGAAGAGUGUCGGGAGAACUCUGCCAGCGCUCCUGGGCGUCCACUGGCUGGAGGGGGCAUUUGCAGGAAAGCGCUGCCCUCACCAGAUCUGCGUACCCGUGCAAUAAAGAGCUCGGAGUUAGUUUUUUGGGGAGGACAAGCCAGGACGGACGGAGGGGUGAAACUACAUUUCCCAGGGUGCGCCGCGAAGGGGCAAGCAGUCCCGCGUUAAAAAGCCGGCGGCGCCGAAAGCCCAGCUGAGGCAGAGAGGGAGGAGGAGGGGCAGAGGGAGAAGGAGAGAGAGAAUCUUAAGCAGGGGCUCCAUCUCACGACCCUGAGAUCAUGACCUGAGACGAAAUCAAGAGUUGGACACUUAACUGACCAAGCCACCCAGGGAGCCCCUCAACUUUGGCCAGAAUGGAGCAGCCCAAGGGGGUCGACUGGACAGUCAUCAUCCUGACAUGCCAGUACAAGGAUAGUGUCCCCGUCUUCCAGAGAGAGCUGGAGGUGCGCCAGAAGCGGGAGCAGAUCCCGCCCGGGACGCUGUUACUGGCUGUGGAGGACCCUGAGACGCGUGUGGGCAGCGGGGGAGCCACCCUCAAUGCCCUGCUGGUGGCUGCCGAACACCUGAGUGCCCGGGCAGGCUUCACGGUGGUGACAUCUGAUGUCCUGCACUCGGCCCAGAUCCUCAUCCUGCACAUGGGCCGAGAUUUCCCUUUUGAUGACUGUGGCCGGGCCUUCACCUGCCUCCCCGUGGAGAACCCCCAGGCUCCGGUGGAGGCCGUGGUCUGCAACCUGGACUGCUUGCUGGACAUCAUGAGCCAUCGGCUGGGCCCAGGCUCCCCACCAGGUGUGUGGGUUUGCAGCACUGACAUGCUGCUCUCUGUUCCUCCGAACCCAGGGAUCAGCUGGGACAACUUCCGGGGAGCCAGAGUGAUUGCCCUUCCAGGGAGCACGGCCUAUGCCCGGAACCAUGGUGUUUACCUUACUGACUCCCAGGGCUUCGUUUUGGACAUUUACUACCAGGGCACGGAGGCAGAGAUACAACGGUGUGCCAGGCCGGAUGGGCGGGUACCACUGGUCUCCGGGGUCACCUUCUUCUCUGUGGAGACUGCCGAGCACCUCCUGGCCACCCAUGUGAGCCCGCCCUUGGAUGCCUGCACCUACAUGGGCUUGGACUCUGGAGCCCGGCCAGUCCAGCUGUCUCUCUUUUUCGACAUCCUGCUCUGCAUGGCCCGGAAUGUGAACAGGGAGAACUUCCUGGUGGGGCAGCCCCCGGAGAUGGGGCAAGGUGACUCGGACGUCGCGGGUUAUCUGCAGGCUGCCCGGGCUGAGCUGUGGAGGGAGCUUCGCGAUCAGCCCCUCACCAUGGCUUAUGUCCCCGACGGCAGCUACAGCUACAUGACCAGCUCGGCCAGUGAGUUCCUGUGCAGCCUCACGUUCCCUGGGGCUCCCAGGGCCCGGGUAGUGCACUCCCAGGUGGAGGAGCUGCAGCUCCUGGGCGCCGGGAGCUCUGUGGUCAGCUGCCUGCUCGAGGGCCCUGUCCAGCUGGGUGCUGGGAGUGUCUUGCAGCACUGCCACCUGCAGGGCCCCAUUCGCAUCGGCCCUGGCUGCCUCGUGAGUGGCCUGGACACGGCGCAGUGCGAGGCCCUGCGUGGCUUGGACCUGCAUGACCUCGUCCUGCAGGGACACCACGUGCAGCUACACGGUGCUCCCGGCCGUGUCUUCACCCUUGUUGGCCGUCUGGACAGCUGGGAGAGGCAGGGGACAGGAACAUACCUCAACAUGUCCUGGAGUGAAUUCUUUCAGAAGACAGGCGUUCGAGACUGGGAUCUGUGGGAUCCAGACACCACCUCUGCAGAGCGUUGCCUUCUUAGUGCCCGCCUCUUUCCCGUGCUCCACCCCUUGAGGGCCUUGGGGCCCCAGGACUUGCUGUGGAUGCUGGACCCCCAGGAGGAUGGAGGCAAGGCCCUAAGGGCCUGGCGGACCUGUUGGCGUCUGUCCUGGGAGCAGCUGCAGCCGUGCCUGGACCGGGCUGCCACACUGGCCUCCCGCCGGGACCUGUUCUUCCACCAGGCCCUGGGGAAGGUGAGGCAUGUGCUGGAGGCCCGGCAGGACCUCAGCCUGCGCCCACUGAUCCGUGCUGCUGUCCGAGAGGGCUGUCCUGGGCCCCUGCUGGCCACUCUGGACCACGUUGCAGCUGGUGCGGGAGACCCUGGUGUGGCAGCCCGGGCUCUGGCCUGUGUGGCCGAUGUCCUGUGCUGCAUGGCAGAGGGCCGAGGAGGCUUACGGAGUGGGCCAGCUGCCAACCCUGGGUGGAUGCAGCCCUUCUCGUACCUGGAGUGUGGAGACCUGGCGGGGGGUGUGCAUGCGCUUGCCCAGGAGCGGGACAAGUGGCUGAGCAGGCCAGCCUUGCUAGUGCGAGCUGCCCGCCACUACGAGGGAGCCGGGCAGAUUCUCAUCCGCCAGGCUGUGAUGUCAGCCCGGCAGUUUGUGUCCACGGAGCCAGCAGAGCAGCCAGCUCCUGGACAGUGGGUGGUGGCUGAGUGCCCGGCUCGGGUGGAUUUCUCAGGUGGCUGGAGCGACACGCCACCCCUUGCCUAUGAGCUCGGUGGGGCAGUGCUGGGUCUGGCCGUGCGAGUGGAUGGCCGCCGACCCAUCGGGGCCAGGGCACGCCGCAUCCCAGAGCCCGAGCUGUGGCUGGCAGUGGGGCCUCGGCAGGACAAGAUGGCCCUGAAGAUAGUGUGCUGGAGCCUGGAUGACCUGCGGGAUUACUGCCAGCCCCAUGCCCCAGGGGCUCUGCUGAAGGCAGCCUUCAUCUGUGCGGGGAUCGUGCAUGUCGGCUCCAAGCUUUCGCUGCGAGAGCAGCUGCUGCACGCCUUCGGGGGAGGCUUCGAGCUGCACACCUGGUCGGAGCUGCCCCACGGUUCUGGUCUUGGCACGAGCAGUAUCCUGGCAGGCGCAGCCCUGGCUGCCGUGCAGAGGGCCGCGGGCCGGGCGGUGGGCACCGAGGCCCUGAUCCAUGCGGUGCUGCACCUGGAACAGGUGCUCACCACAGGAGGUGGCUGGCAGGACCAAGUGGGUGGCCUUAUGCCUGGCAUCAAGGUGGGGCGCUCCCGGGCUCAGCUGCCACUGAAGGUGGAGGUGGAGGAGAUCACUGUGCCUGAGGGCUUUGUCCAGAAGCUCAGCGACCACCUGCUCCUCGUGUACACUGGCAAGACCCGGCUGGCACGGAAUCUGCUGCAGGUGAGCCCUGGUCCCGGGACGAGGGAGGGAGGUGGAUGGCUCAGCCGGGCCCAGAUCCUUGCUGCCUCCCUCCCGCCCCAUCUGCAGGACGUGCUGAGGAGCUGGUAUGCCCGGCUGCCUGCCGUCGUGCGGAACGCCCACAGCCUGGUGCAGCACACCGAGGAAUGUGCUGAAGCCUUCCGCCAAGGAAGCCUGCCUCUGCUGGGCCAGUGCCUGACCUCCUACUGGGAGCAAAAGAAGCUCAUGGCUCCAGGCUGUGAGCCCCUGGCUGUGCGGCGUAUGAUGGAUGUCCUGGCCCCCCACGUGCAUGGCCAGAGCCUGGCAGGGGCAGGUGGAGGGGGUUUUCUCUAUCUGUUGACCAAGGAGCCGCGGCAAAAAGAGGCUCUGGAGGCUGUCCUGGCCAAGACUGAGGUACCUGAUGGUGUUGGGGGUGUGGUAAUUGGUGGGGGACAGGAGCCCUCACUGUGGCCCACCACUAACCAGGGGCUACAGCUGCAAGUCCCCCUGACCACCUUGCAGCAUGAGGUUUGUGGCCUGAGACUUGCCCAGAGCCUCCUGUCCUCUAAACACUUCCUGUUCUUUGCUCCUAGGGCCUCGGGAACUACAGUGUCCACUUGGUAGAAGUGGACACUCAGGGCCUGAGCCUGCAGCUGCUAGGGGAUGAGACCUCAACCUGAUGCUCCUUCCCAGAAGCUUGUCCCUCUGUAAGAGGAGAAAACUUGGAGCUACAGCAGCCCCACCUUUCCUUCCCCCAUGAAAGUGUCAGCCUUCUACUCUCUACCCACCCCUUUAUGAACCUGCUCCCAAAGGAAGCCAGCCAAUGUGAGCUUGGGCCCAGCCCUUUCUGAAGCUUGGUGAAACAGAUGGUGCCUGGGAAUAGGACUGUGACCUCCUGGUUGACUGUGGUCUAGGCCUAGCCUCUGCUCUAUCUGGACACAGGCGAGUCCUAAGCUGAGUGUCCCAUUUGGCCUUUACAGAUCUCUGGCCCGCCUUGGGCCUUGGCCUCCUUACUCUCCAUGAGGGCCUGGAAAAAGGAUGACCAGCUUUAGCAGAUGGCUGGGGUCCUUGGUAAGGCCAACCCUGAAGAGGCUCUUCGAGGCAUUUCCUGUGGCCUUCCUUAGAGGUCAGGCUUUUGCCUGAGAAGAGAGUUCCUGUUCAACACUCAUUCCUAGGCUGACUUGAUGGGGGAGGGGGAACAGGGGUGUGGGUCCCUACUCUUGUUUGUGGCCAUGAGCCAAUGUGGUCUUACAGCAAGUCACUGCUAAUAGAGGCCUUAACCGUUAACACUACAGACUAUGCCACAUGACCCAAUGCCAAUGGGCACUCGAUUCUCAGGAUUGCAUCCUUCUUGGAAUAAAUGUGCUCUGCCCUUCCA